GAGUAGCUCAUCCUAGAGAAGUGUUACUUGACCAGGUCCUGUCAACUUACCACAGUCUGCUAUGUAUUAUGUAAUAUUUUAUCCAAAUGCUGUUUUCUGUGGCAAAAGCAGGCUUGGGAAGCACUCUAGGGCAGUGGAUUGCUAGUAGUUGUGUCAGCUCAGUGGUGCUGUCAAGUUUCACUUACUGUCAUCAAACAGAUCUGGAAAAAAACGAGAAGCAGAUUUGUUUGGUGCUGCACCUUCAGUCAAAGCUCCACCAGCAGGAGCUCAGUACGCUCGUACCCUGCACAGCAGCACUUGGCUGUACUGCAGGRCACAGCCCAACAGCCCAACCACGGGCAAAACCAUCCAGAUCGCACUGAGAGGCACCCACAGCUCUGUCUGGAGAUGAUGUGCUGAGAAGGAAAACCAGAAGUUUACAAAGAAGAUCAUUUUUCUUGAAUGAGAAGGGCAAACGGGAGUGUAGAUUCUCAUCUUCAGCCACAAUGUUKCCGUAUGUCUGUGUGAACUGGAUUCUUCUCAUGCUGUUUACAGGAUCCACAGGAUCAGAAUUAGUUGUGAUAGGAGAGGUUGGCCAGGAUGUCACUGUGCCCUGCUACUACAGCGUCCACAACAGRAGGGACAUCACAUCCAUGUGCUGGGGUCGGGACCCGUGCCCCACAUCAAAAUGUUCCCGGACCAUUAUCUGGACAGAUGGCUGGAGGGUGACAGAGCAGCACAGCAGCAGGUACCAGCUGAAAGGGGACCUGCAGAAGGGGGAYGUGUCCCUGACGAUCGUGAACGCCAGGGAAGCAGACUCUGGCACCUAUUGCUGCCGUGUGGAGGUCCCAGGGUGGUUCAACGAUCACCUGAAUAACCACAAGGUUGUGAUAAACAAAGCGAGGAUCUCUACUGCAAGUCCUCACACUCACACCUCUGAACAGACCUCAGCUCCUGGCAGCACCAGUGGAUCCUCCUCUACUGUCACAAGGAUCUGGCCAUCGGUUUCUUCUUCAGAAGCUUCUCAGACUGCCUCUGCUCCCUGCUCAGGCUCCUCAGACUGCUUGGAUGUGACUGCAAACCUGCAGAACACAUCCGUGUCCCUUCCCAGCCAGCAGCACCSAGAGCAUGGGCUGUACAUUGGGAUYGGCUCAUGUGCAGCCCUUCUGCUCAUCCUGAUCCUGGCUCUGUUCCUCACUAAACAAUAUUUUUACAAUACAAAGAAGAUGAGUGACUUUACAAGCUAUGUUGCAUUUUGGAGGCCACAAGGCAUGGGGRGCCAUAGUGCCCUGGAAGAUGAGAUCCAUGCAGAGGAAAAUGUUUAUAUUGUACACUAAAGACUGGAUGCAUGGCUGCCUCAGUCACUGCUGGGACAUUWAAUAGUUUGCAAAAUGUUGGCUGCUCCCUCUGCUCAGCAGCUGAACAUGACUGCACAACUGAAGCAUUAUUCACAUCCUUUCAAUAAAACAAAUAAAAGCUACACUUUUAAUUAAAA